AUGGCCGUUGGACCGACGGAGGGCAAACAACAGCCGCCCUCAGAGACCUUCUCGCCCACGACACACCAUCAGAUUAUAGCACCCAGUCCGAUAUUGGCGGUGCCAACGCUGGCCUUCUCCGCCGCCCAAGUGGAGAUCGUGUGCAAGACUCUCGAAGAUUCCGGUGACAUUGAGCGACUGGCCCGCUUCCUAUGGAGUCUGCCGGUGGCAUUGCCCAACAUGCACGAGAUCCUCAACUGUGAGGCAGUGCUUCGUGCCCGCGCUGUGGUUGCCUAUCACGUCGGAAACUUCAGGGAACUCUAUGCAAUAAUAGAAAAUCAUAAAUUUACUAAAGCAUCCUAUGGCAAACUACAGGCAAUGUGGCUCGAGGCCCACUACAUCGAAGCAGAGAAACUACGCGGACGAUCACUGGGGCCCGUUGACAAAUAUCGGGUACGCAAAAAGUUUCCGCUGCCGCCGACAAUCUGGGAUGGCGAACAGAAGACGCACUGUUUCAAGGAGCGGACGAGAAGUUUGCUGCGCGAAUGGUACCUACAGGAUCCCUAUCCGAAUCCAACCAAGAAACGUGAGCUGGCCAAGGCCACCGGCCUGAAUCCAACGCAAGUGGGCAACUGGUUCAAGAAUCGUCGGCAGCGUGAUCGUGCCGCUGCUGCUAAGAAUCGCAUCCAGCACAACCAGAACAACUCCGGCAUGGGCUGUCGCAGCCGUCGGGCGGACGGAGCCGCAUCGCCGACACCGUCGGACAGCUCGGACUCGGACAUCUCGCUGGGGACGCACUCGCCGGUGCCGAGCAGCCUGCAGCUGCAGCACAGUCCGGGCAGCAUGUCCAAUGGCGCCAACGAGGAGAGUCUCAGCGUGGACGACGACAAGCCGCGUGAUCUGAGCAGUUCGCUGCCCUCGCCGACGCCACCGCAGUUGCCGUCGGCAUACGGCGGAGUUGGAGCACCAGCUGGAGCAGGAGCUGGAGCUGGCGCAUCGUCUGUACUCCCCGCUGGUUGUUUGCCGCCCUUCAAGCUAGAUGCCGCGAGCAGUCUCUUCAAUGCCGGCUGCUACCUGCAAAGCUUUAGCAACCUCAAGGAGAUGUCGCAGCAGUUCCCCAUUCAGCCGAUAGUUAUACGACCGCAUCCCCAAUUGCCGCAGCCGCUGGCCUUGAAUGGUGGCGCUGCCUCCGCCGCCGCCGCUGCUGCUGCGCAUCUGCAUCAUCCGGCCUAUGCGGCAGCCUACAGUGUUGAGUGUGGCGUCGUGGUGCCUCCACCGCUGCCGCCGCCAAAGCUGCGCAUCAAUUCGCCCGAGAAACUCAACUCGACUGCGGUGGCUGCAGCGGUGGCAGCCGCAGUUGGCGCUGGACAUCAUGAGGGGAACUCAACGACAUCCACUACAAGCUAUCAUCACAGUGGCCAGCUGCUGCAUCGACCCUUCUCCACGUCGCCGGAGCUGAAGCACAGUGCUCCGGAGAUCACAUGAUAUCAGCAGCGGGUCUGAGCCCAAGGCCUUGCCCCCAGGGUUUCUCACUCCCCCAGCCCACCCUCAGUCCCCUCCUACUCAUCCCAAGUCUCCUGCAGCACUUUAUGCCCAGCUAUACAAAUUGUUUCAAUUCCUAGCCUAAGUUAACUGUAGUUAAGCAAAAAAAAAAACAACCAGUUGGGAGUCCUUCGCCUCCCCCUCGC